AUGGGCCCAUCGCUCAGAACACCACCUAUGGCGGUGGGCCCAUCGCUCAGAACACUACCUAUGGUGGUCGGCCGAUGGCUGUAUAAUAGCCCCAGUGGCGGUGGGCCCAUCGCUCAGAACACUACCUAUGGCGGUGGGCCCAUCGCCCAGAACACUACCUAUGGCGUGGCAGUGGGCCCAUCACCCAGAAAUAUACCUAUGGUGGUCGGCCGAUGGCUGUAUAAUAGCCCCAGUGGCGGUGGGCCCAUCACCCAGAAAUAUACCUAUGGCGGUGGGCCCAUCACUCAGAACACUACCUAUGGUGGUGGGCCCAUCGCUCAGAACACUACCUAUGCGGUCGGCCGAUGGCUGUAUAAUAGCCCCAGUGGUGGUGGGCCCAUCACCCAGCAAUAUACCUAUGGCGGUGGGCCCAUCGCUCAGAACACUACCUAUGGCGGUGGGCCCAUCGCUCAGAACACUACCUAUGAUGGUGGGCCCAUCGCUCAGAACACUACCUAUGGCGGUCAGCCGAUGGCUGUAUAA